AUGAAAUUAUAUAAGCCAAAUGAAUUUCAGGAAUUUUAUACUAACAAAGCUAUAGAGUAUACACAUGGAAAGCCAGAUGGCUUGAACAAGUUGAAAUUUUAUUACAACAUUAAUGCAACGGAUGCUGAAAAAGAAAAACUUGGUGUAGCUUUAAUUCAAAUAAGAGUUUUUUCGCCUGACUUGUUGGAUGUCAGUGAGAUGGACAAAGCUGUUCGAUCACGUAUCAACCUUCAAUGGGAUUUUAUGUCAGGAAUAAUAGGCUAUAUUUCAUUAAUCAAGUUCAAGACAAGUAUAUAUAAAAGUAUACCACCUCGGGAUGCUUCUGCCAUCAUUGGAUUUGAGCCCAACUAUGCAACUACUCCGAGAAUUGAUUGCACAAUCAGUCAAUUUCCCUUUAACCAGAAUCCAUUAUCUGUACCAAAUGGAACCAAUGGUUAUUUUUCAGUUGCUGCUGGGGAUUUUGUACAGGAAGAAAUUUCUGAAAGGCGCACAAGUACUAUUCUAAGUAGCAUUGCAUCAGCUGGUGGUGCCUUUGGUCUUAUCGGAAGCAUCCUUGUGUGGUUGUAUGGAUCCAGCAGUUUUGAUGAGUGGGGAUUUGCAAGAAGAAUGUUAGAUAAUCCAUGGUAUUGGGUAGAUAAAUUGAAAGGGGGUUAUGAAAGUUUGAACAUUUUUCAAACUUCUUCAAAAACAUUGACAGCUAACGAUCAUGAGCAUGACUCUUUACUUGUUGGAAUUGCUAAUAAAAAAGAAGAAACUAAACCCAAUUCCACUCAAAUAUUAUUCCUUGUCGAGCUUGUUAAAAUUAUAUUAUCCAUAAUGUUUUUAUCAAUUGAAUUAGAGUGUUUUCAAUUUCCAUCAGUAUUGCCGAUGUUAUCACCUCAAUAUGAAAAAUUAACUAAUCAAAAUUCAACAAUUAAGAUUAAUCUAAAACCAUUGAUGAGAGCUUUAAAAUCAAUUUUUACAUCUUCUACAACAUUAUUAUUCGGCUUGCCAGCUUUUGCAUAUUUCAUCAAUAAUAAUCUAUCAUUUAUAAUAUUAACAAUAAUGAAUCCACCUACAUUCACUGUCCUUGGAAAUCUUAAAAUUCUCACCACUGGUCUAUUCUCACAUAUUUUUCUUAAUAGGAAAUUGAUUCGAGUUCAAUGGGCUUCAUUAUGUUUAUUGUUUCUUGGUACAACCGUAGCUCAAAUACAUUUUACAAAUGAUGGUGCAUUUGAGUUCUCAGUUUCACCAUUAGGAUUUCUUCUGAUCAUCAUAUUUGCUUCGAUAUCAGCUGGUGCAUCUGUUUAUACAGAGUUUGUAAUGAAAGAUAAAUUUGGUCAAGAGUCAAUGCAUUUACAAAAUAUUAAGCUUUAUUUAUUUGGAAUAUUAUUUAAUGGAGGUGUUUACCACUUUAAUUCCUUUUAUAGUGAUGGAUUGUAUGAACUUGAUGAGGAUGACAGUGAUGCAAUAGUAGUAAAGGGAAAAACUUUCUUUUCGUCAUUAUAUUUAAUACAUUUUUUAAUUAUAGGAGCAGCUUGCUCAAUGGGAUUAAUAACUUCUGCCAUAAUCAAAUUUUCUGGUAGCAUAACAAAAGUUUAUGCAAAUAGUAUGGCAAUGUUUUUCUCUUCCUUUGUAAGCUAUUUCUUUAUAGAUGGUUAUAGGCCAACAAUAUGGUUUUUCUUGGGUGCUAUGACAUGUUGUAUAGCUGUACAAAUGUAUACAAAUGGUGUAAAUAAUGGGGGGCAUAAUGGCAGUAAUAAAAGUGGUGGAAAGGAUGAUGAAAGUAGUAAUAAUCAUAAUAGUAGUGAUGCUGAUUUUGUUUGUAAUAUUAAAGCUGCUAGUGGAUCUUCAAAUGAUUAUUUAAUUAGAAAAAAUAAUGAAAAUAAAUUAAAUGAAAAAGAUUAA